AUGGCGCUCCCCGCGCACCCCGACGCCGGCUCACCGAUGGGAAUAAACCCGUCUGCGCUAAUUGCCUUCGUUAGGGAUGAAACAGAAUUCAGAAACUUUAUUGUCUGGCUUGAAGAUCAGAAGAUCAGACACUACAAGAUCGAAGACCGAGGGAAUUUAAGAAACAUACACAGUGAUGACUGGCCCAAAUCGUUUGAAAAGUAUAUGAAAGACGUAAACUGUCCUUUCAAAAUACAAGAAAGACAAGAAACAGUGGACUGGCUUCUCGGCUUAGCAGUUAGGCUCGAGUAUGGAGAUAAUGCUGAUAAGUAUAAGGAUUCCACCCCUGAUGGUGGUAAAAAUACUGACAAUACAGCAAAAAACGCAGAACCGCUGAUCAACUUGGAUGUGAAUAAUCCUGAUUUCAAGGCUGGAGUGAUGGCUUUAGCUAAUCUGCUUCAGAUUCAGCGACAUGAUGAUUACUUGGUAAUGCUUAAGGCAAUUCGCAUCUUGGUUCAAGAGCGCCUGACGCAGGAUGCCAUAGCGAAGGCCAGUCAGUCCAAGGAGGGUUUGCCUGUUGCUUUAGAAAAGCACAUUCUUGGUUUUGACACAGGAGAUGCUGUUCUCAAUGAAGCUGCCCAGAUCCUCCGACUGCUGCAUAUAGAGGAGCUCCGAGAGCUGCAAACAAAAAUUAACGAAGCGAUUGUGGCGGUUCAGGCGAUCAUUGCUGACCCCAAGACGGACCACAGACUGGGGAAAGUCGGGAGAUGAGCAGAUAAAAGCUUUUAGUCUCUUGUGUACUUAGUACAAUUAGGAACUACGUACAACUCUGUACCACUCUGGCAUGCAGUUUGAAAUGGUGUUAUUUUACUGUUUUGAAAGAAAACAGGAAAUAGAAUUCUGACUUCAAAAAAAUUACCAUUUUUCUUUAAAUAAAUGAAGCUGGGGAAAAUAGACAA